AUGGCUGAAUUUACGGCUUCCGCAGAGCCGCCCACAACGCCACCACCGAUUCCUGUUCGAAGUCAACUACGAAACAGCUCAGCAUAUCAGCUCAAACUAUACGCAAUAGUAUCUGAGGCUGUGGAUACUUCUAGCGUACCGGCCUUUCCAUCCCCCCUUUCUGAGGAGACUGAUUGUGGGUUAGCCGACUCACAUCAGAGACGAAUCACUACCGUUGUUCACGAGAAGAGAAUGCGCGAUUAUGCACAUCACCAGAGCUGGCCUGACUGGGAAGUGGUUGACACACAGAGUGAGGAGGACGGAUCAAGUGAGCACUCAUACGAUCAAAGUGUGCAAGGUGAGUGUUGCAUGCGCUUGACCAGGCCAGAGGUAGAUCAUGGUGAUCGACUGGAGCCUUUGCAAUCAGAGCAACCAAGUCAAGGUUCAACAGCACCGGAUGCAAAGGACCAGCAUUCAUCAGAGUAUGACGCGAGUCUGGUGAACGCGGAUACGUUAGCGCGCACAGUACCUGCUCAACAAGGAAGCCACGGCAGAACCAUGACCCACUCAACACCUUUGCACUGUGCUGACAGUCACUUUCCAUCAUCUCACCAGAAUAGCGCAAACAUGGAAUCGAGAGCAUCGGCCAGGCUAGCACAAGGCUUCUCAAGCCCUACAUUGCAAGCAGCCGAGUCUCGAAGGGAUGCCAACAGAGACGAUAGUUCCUCUUUGCCCCUCAGGUCCGCCCCUCUGUCGCUCUUUCCGCCAACAUCUCCAUCGACAGGCAAGCGAGAGUAUGCGCCACUGGGUGCUAAUCUUUCCCGGCCUUCCUGUCCAAUGUCACCCCUGAACAAUGGAAGGGAUAUGUAUGGCAACUAUAUUGCUUCCAAUGCGCAAGAUUAUCUGGCGACACAGUCUGUGUUGACAUCUCCUGACCUACGAAGCGAUGCGCAGGGCCAGGCUUCUGCAAUAACCAACAGUGCUUCACCAGCAGUACGACUACGAGGUGGUGGCUGGAACAACCUGAAGCCAUUGUGGAAGACGGCCAGUGCGCAAAAUCUCCGACAAGAGAGUGAUACAGCGCUACUGAAAACUUCAGUUGAGUACAAGGAAGUCCCUCGAGGUAACAUUGUAGUCAAUGACUCGAGCCUGCGACCUCCGCGUAGUGAGCAUUCGCACUUUUCCGAUGUUCGUUCUGGGAAACAGCCGAUGCCGGGACAUGUACCCGCACAGCCAUUUACUAUUCAUAACAGUCGACAAGAUGAUUAUGUCGGAGGUCAGAACACAGACCAGCGUCUAGGAACGAAGCACUCAGAUAGCACAAGCGGAAGCUCGGAACAUAAAGCUCGUGUCGAUGCGAUACUGCACAAUCACUUCGGACGUCAGCCACCCAUGAAGACAUCAAUACCUGGUCCAUCGCGCCCAAAUGCGAAGGACACUGUCGAGUCAGGAAAGACACGAGAACUUGCUAGUACAAUGUGCAUGCCAGAGACGAUGCCAAGGGAUGAGAAGCGAUGGAACACAAACAGUCUUUCACCGCCGCCCCAAAGCCCACUAUCUCACCCAGCAGGAUAUUGGGAUUCUGAGCUGGAUGCACACGAGACAUCCAGUGAUUCGGACGACGAUAAUCUCGGAGCACCCUCGAUAAUGUCUGCGAACACAGUGGACGAUACAUUGAUUGAUUUGCCAGGGCUCAAGUCCUCCAAUGCAUAUAGAAAGGUUGAGUGCGACAGAGAGAUACGCCGUAUACAAGAACAGCGUCGGCUGCACGAAGAAGCAGAUCGCAGACGCGAAGAGGAGCACAGGCAUGUAAAGGAAGCGCAAAAGCAAGAGCUUAAUCGUAGGACUGGUUUGUCUAAUGACAAUGUUUCUGCAGCAGUGAGGGGGCGACAACUGCAUAGAUAUGACUUUCCGCGGAUGGCAACGGUGGAUGAGCAAUAUCGCCCCAGCACAGCGAUACCUGCAACGCAAUCGCCUCAGCGUAGCACUUUCCCAAUAAAUGGACAUCAAUCUAAGACGAACUGGCAUCAUCAGAACAACACGGUCGGUAACCCUUCUGGUAUAUCACUCCCGAGGGUUAUCACGCCACCUCUCGUCACUAAACGUCAGAACUCUUUCCGAAAUGUUCUUGCCAAGGCAGGAAAGUUUGGACGAUUUCUUUUUUCAGUAUCCUCAACCCCUGAUUUGAAGACGUCCUCAAAGCGCCACCCGCCUGCUGAACAGGUAUACAAAGAAAGGAGGCUUUCGGGUAUGAGUGCAGAUACCAGCGGGUGGCCUAUUAAGGACUCCCCAACCAUGGGAUUUCAUGGAACCACUUCAGCAGCCAAUUUGAAUGAGUUUAGUCCCGAAUUCAGUCCCGAGUUCAGCCCCAAGUUCGAGGGACCAGACACAAUCAAGCACGGCUUUCUGCGCAGCAGUAAGCCGAAGAAGAACAAGUCAGAGCAGAGAACCAAGGAAGAGCUAAAAAAUGGAGGAACAGCAGUCAGGGACUUUGGAUUGAGGAACCCGGAUGAAGUGAGCGGAACGCCGUUCAGCAUGGAUUUACCCCAAACCUCAUUCACAACGUCUAUACAGCCCCGUGAGCUAGGCUAUCCCAGACUUAGAGUGAGAACAGCAACAGACACGCUCAGCAAUACGCAAGUCACAACCCCCUUCGGCGCACCAGCCGCCCGUCCAGCGCACACCAGGUAUGCGAACCCCACUUCCACACAGCCUCCAAGCCUAGGAAGACGACGUGCUAGAAUCUUCACUCCACCAAUGCCUGAAACUAGCCUCGGCCAACUAGACAGCAAUGAAGCAUUUUACACAUGCCUCACUCCUGCAGCUUUAUACCCCAACCUUAGGUUUACCGCAUCUACACGUGAAACUGUCACGGAUAAUAAAGGUGAUAUUCCUAAAUCAUCCAUUUUCCGAUCAAGCUUCGGUUCCGAUUCUGAGGGUGAAAUGAAGAAGAAGUCAAGGCAGAAGAAGAAGAAGGAUAAGAAGGGGGUGAAGGAAGGUGCGUGGAAGAAUGAGGAUAAAGCGUUAGCUAUGGCUACGGCUUUGUAUUUAGUUUAG